AAAUGAUAAGCUCGUCUCUUGGCUAGCUAGUGGCGUUGGAAACGUGUGUAAAUUUUGUCGUGCAUUUUAAUUAAAAAUUUAAUUUUGUGAUUCAUGACGUCUAAGUUGUAUCAUAGAUUAUUUUUCAAAUUCGUUGAUUGUGGUUGCCAGUUAUUUUAUUUCAACGCUAAAGUUACAUUACUAAGGAAAAUGUCAAAAAACGUAUCACAAUCAGCAACAUUAGGUAAACAAAACCGAACAAAAAUGAAAGGAAAAUCAAAAUUUCCUCCGGGUAUUGUGAAAUUUCAAGUUCUUGGUAGUGGGGCUAAUGGCGCUCCAAGAUGCUUAUACUUGUUUACUGAUCAUUCAAGAUAUCUUUUUAAUUGUGGAGAAGGGACACAAAGGUUGGCUCACGAGCACAAAAUGAAACUAUCUAAAUUAGAACAUGUGUUUAUCACACAUUCAAAUUGGUUAAAUAUUGGUGGUUUACCAGGAUUAGCAUUAACAGUUCAGGAUGUUGGUGUACCAAAAAUCGAACUGCAUGGACCUCAAGGAAUAGAAGAAUUAUUUAUUGCUACAAAACGGUUUGUAGUAUUACGUGAUCUUAAGAUUACGGCCAGUAAAAGUGAUCCUUUUAAACCAUUUGAAGACAACGCCAUAAUUGUCUACUAUGUGCCAUUGAUAUCGAAUAAACGUAGUAAUGAAUGUCGAUCAAUGUCUGAAAACUCAAUUGUUACUAAUAUGUCACAAACUCAACAAAACAUGGACAUUUUAUCAGAAGAUGAUGAUACAAACUAUUAUGACUAUGAAAAUAUAUCUGAAUGUAAUAUAAAAGAAAAAAAUAAACGUAAAAGAAGCAAUUCUGAACCUAGAACUGAUGAAAAGAAAUUUAUUACUGAUAAUUCUUUGAAUAAAGUUAAUAAUGUUGCCAUGUCAUAUGUAUGUCGUCUCAAACCAAAGCCAGGAUUACUAGAUUUGGAUAAAUGUGUUAAACAUAAUGUUCCUCCAGGGCCAUUAUUAGGUCAACUAAAAUCUGGUAAAGAUAUAACUUUACUAGAUGGGACAAUAGUAAGAUCAAGUGAUGUAACAUCACCUGAUGAUCCAGGGCCAGUUUUUAUUGUGGUUGAAUGUCCAAGUGAAGAUUAUAUUGACUCAUUGUUGAAUGAGUCAAUUUUUUCAAAACACCAACAAAAUGUAAUUAAUAAAGAUGAUAUUGCAUUUAUGGUUGUUCAUUUCACUCCUCAAGAAGUACGAAAUGAUCCUAGAUAUCAAUCAUGGAUGAAAUUAUUUCCUCCUGAAACUUAUCAUUUAUUAUUAAACAAUGAAAACAAAUGCCUAGGUAGUACUGCAAUACACAGAAUACAAUAUAAACUAAAUAUGUUGGAUGAAGAUAUUUAUCCGUUAUUAAAAGAUACAGGAAUUCCUUUUCUUAAAAAUGAUAAAGAAGUAAUAUUUAAAGAUGAUAAUACAAAUAUUAAUUCACUGUUGAUAAAUGGAGAAACAAAUUUAACAUUUAACUUAAGGCCAAAAAAAGAUAUUGACAGAACAAGUACAUUAAGCUUAGAUAUUGAUGAGUUUAUUGCAGAAACAUUUAGGGUUGAUGGUUUCAAAGAAAAAUUGGCUCAAGUGAAAGAAGAAAUUGUAAAUGCUACUUCUUCAGAUAGUAAUAUAUACCCUAAAAUUACAUUUCUGGGUACUGGAUCAUGUAUACCAAGUAAAACAAGAAAUACUAGUGGUAUAUUAAUGUGUACUGGUGAGAACGAAUGUAUAUUAUUAGACGUUGGAGAAGGAACAUACGGACAAUUAGUACGGCAUUUUAAUGUAUUGGGUGCUGAAAAAGUCUUAAAUGACUUAAAAGCCAUUUAUGUUUCUCAUUUACAUGCAGAUCAUCAUAUUGGUUUGAUUGGUAUUUUAAGUGUACGUCAAAGAAUGCGAAAAAAUGGUUUGCUCAAACAGGAUCAACCAAUUUAUUUACUAGCACCCAUACAAAUUAUGACUUGGUUAAAUUUUUAUCACCGAAGAUUUACAGAACUAAAUGAAGAAUUUCAAAUUGUGUCUAACUUAGAUUUGGACUUUGAAUCUUCUACGAAAAUUAGAAAUAAAGAUUUACUAAAACAAACCAAUAUGUCAGACAUAGAAACUACAUUAGUAAAACACUGUCCUAAUGCAUUUGGUGUAUCAUUUACUCAUACAAAUGGUUGGAAAGUAACAUAUUCUGGUGAUACAAUGCCUUGCGAUUCAUUAGUAAAAUUAGGAAAGAAUAGUAAUCUUCUUAUUCAUGAAGCGACAAUGGAAGAUCAAUUAGUGUCUGAAGCUAGACGUAAAAUGCAUUCAACUAUGUCGCAAGCAAUUAACAUUGGAAAAAAGAUGAAUGCUAAAUUUACUAUUUUAACUCAUUUUAGUCAACGCUAUGCAAAAAUACCAUACAUGCCAAAUAAUGAUCUUCCUAGUAAUGUUGGAAUAGCAUUUGAUAAUAUGGAGAUAACACCAAGUGUAUUACAUAAAUUGCCGUUAAUGUACCCUGCUCUUAAGAUGAUAUUUGCAGAACAUUUUGAAGAAAUGGAAGCUAAAUGUUUUAAACUUAAAUUAAAAGAAGAAAAGGCCAGAGUCAAAAUGUAAUAUACUAUUAUAAAAAUUAAUGUU